AUGUGGAGGACGGCAAAAGGUGUGAUUAGUCAUUGGGGUGUUUUUUUUAUUUUUUAUAAAAGGCAUUCACUUCAUUCUCAAACUUGCUUCGUUGGAAAACAAGACGACAAGAACAUCUGAUUGUUUACCCACCCAAAGCAGCCAUGCGUGACAUACAAAAUUGCAUUGAUAAAUUUGUGGAUCUCUUUGAGGAGUUCUCCAGUGAGGAAACUGACUGUUUGAGCAGAGAACAGUUCAAAGCACUGGUAACCAGUGAAAUCAACUCCCCUGAUUAUGAAGGGAAACUCGAGCUAAGCGAUAUUGAUGCCGUCUUUGCAGAGCUGGAUAAGAACAAUGAUGACCAGCUCGACUUCCAAGAGUUCAUCAAUUGCAUGGGCAAAAUGAUUAAAACUCAGCGCAAAAAGGCUGGCAGAGGUCGCAAUAAAGGCAGAGGGGGCAAGAAAGGAAAAGGGAGAAGGGGCAGUGGCAGUUGCAGUGGCAGUGAUGACGAACACGGCGGCGGGGGCAAGGGUGGCGGCGGCGGGGGCAAGGGUGGCGGCGGCGGCCGCGGGGGCAAGGGUGGCGGCGGCGGCGGCCGCGGGGGCAAGGGUGGCGGCGGCUGAGCACUGUCAGCGCAAGUCAAUAAAACACAAUGAAGCUUAAUGGUGGCUGUGCGUCUCUUUUUUUUAAUAAAUCCGCCUCAGAGGUCUUCAAUUUGGAGUUCAAAACUUGGUCCACUCCCUUGUGGAGUUUGCGUGCAAUGCAUGUCACAUCGCCUCAUGUCAUUUUCGGAUGUCGUGCCGCCCCUGUCAUAUGACGUCAUGUCAGGUGAUUUUCGUGUCAGCUCAGGUCGUGUUUGAGUUUCGUUGUGGCUGUUACCAUGACAUAAAAAAGGUCUUUAAGGAAAUGCACGAAGGCAAAUCAGGAAUAUUGCAUGACCGCUCCAUCACUGAAGAAGUACCCAAAAUGGAUCCGUGCAGAAAUCUGUAAAAAGUUGAAUGCUACAUUUUAAAAAGAGCCAGCAUGAGCAUCCGGACAAGGUUGGCAGGAAGCACACAGCCAAGAGUGAUAGAGGCAAUGUGCAUUCUCCAGGAUACAUUUAUAGAGUAUGCAGAGCGAUCAGAGGACAAAAACACUAUGACCAAAGCAGAUUUCUCGUUGAUGCUUCGUAAAGAGUGCUGCAUGCAGAUUGACACCAAUCUGACUGAGUUCUUCGACAGCCUGGAUUCCAACGGUGAUGGCGUUAUGGACUUCAAUGAGUUUUGUGUUCUAAUGGCAACAUUUCUUACAUUGUUGUCACCUUCAUAAAACUAUAUUUGAUAUGUUUUUGCUUGCUUUAACAAGCACACGGGAUUCUAAAUCUUCUCAUAAAAUGUCAUGAAUUCUAAUUGACUCAUUUUCUCAGUUAUAGCCAUUUGGUUGACUGUCUUGCGUGGGGAAAAAUGCAGUCAUACUAUUUAUACUGCGUGGUGAUGAACGUGUACCCAUUGCACUGCUGCCACCUAGUGUUGAGAGUUUGAAUAAUGAAACGUGUCAAAAUAUGAGUGAAUUUCUCCGUGUUUGUUUCUCAUUAUAUUUAAAGAGGAACGUUUGUCAUUAGGUAUUAAAGUAACCUUGCUCUUACUUCAGUAUAGAUUUUAGGGAAACUAUCGCCACAUUUGUAAAUACGUCGUGGCUCCUGAGAGUAGGUUCAACUCUUCUGACUAGAUUUCACGUACAUCGAGUCAAUUGUAGUAAAUUAACAUUGUCUUAAUUGCAGUAUUUUUGCGUCUUGUGAUGUUUAUGUUUGGGAGGUAGUCGUAAAAUAUUUAUUUUAAAGUGCUUUUGUUCAAAAAAGGGUAGAGAACACGCUUAAUUCGGCUAAAAUAACAACGAGCAUUGAUGCGGCUCGCGUGGACGCGCUGAGGCUCGGUCACGUUAAUCAUCGGCGUCCUUCGGCAUUUUCCGCUCUCACGGACUGUUUAAUGGUUUAGCUAGCGCAGCUGAUUAGCUUGCGCUUAUUCAGCUAAUAUCCGUCGCUUAUUCGCCGUUUUCCCAACUGGGGCGGAUGGCACAAGUGCUAUAACAAAUGUCGGAUGUCGAGGGGCACGUAUUUUGUCCACCGCUGCCUCACAAUUCAGCGUGUAACGGUACCCGGAGCGGCGACAUCACGCCGGACGCCGCCGGCGGUGAUUUCGGUGGCUUCCAGAACCGCAGCACCGCCGUGACGUCGGGCCCACGGCUCAUCCGAAUAGUCAAGUCAGAUUCAGGCUAUGGUUUUAAUGUCCGGGGCCAAGUUAGUGAAGGAGGGCAACUCCGGAGUAUUAACGGAGAACUGUAUGCCCCGCUGCAGCACGUCAGCGCCGUCCUGCCGGGAGGUGCCGCCGACCGAGCCGGUAUUUCGAAAGGAGACCGGAUUCUGGAAGUUAACCGAGUGAAUGUCGAAGGCGCCACGCACAAGCAGGUGGUGGACCUCAUCCGGGCCGGAGAGAGGGAGCUGCUAUUGACCGUGCUCUCAGUCCCGCCUCAGGAAGCCGACUGUUUGGAUGUCGGCGACGACGUCUCGUCCCUGUCCUGUUACGAUUACUCCGACAAGCAGGCCGUCCCCAUCUCCGUGCCCAGCUACAAACACACUGAACUCAACCAGGAAAAGUUUGUGGUUUAUAAUGUCUACAUGGCGGGAAGGCAGCUGUGCUCAAAACGCUACCGAGAGUUUGUGAUUCUUCACCAAAACCUGAAAAGAGAGUUUGCUAACUUCACCUUCCCCAAGCUACCCGGGAAGUGGCCUUUUACUCUGUCCGAACAGCAGCUGGAUUCGCGACGCAGAGGCCUGGAAGAAUAUCUGGAAAGAGUGUGCUCUGUGAGGGUCAUUGGCGAAAGUGACAUCAUGCAGGAGUUCCUGUCGGAGCCAGAUGAAAAUUACAACGGCAUGUGGGAUGUGGACCUGAGAAUAGCCGUUCCCGAUAAGACCAUAGUCACUGUGCGGGUUCGCAAAAAUUCUACCACUGACCAAGUGUACCAGGCGUUGGUCAUGAAACUUGGGAUGGACAGAAUAACGGCUAGCUACUUUGCACUGUUUGAGGUCAUCAACCACAACUUCGCGCGUAAACUUGCCCCCAACGAGUUCCCUCACAAGCUGUACGUGCAAAACUACACCUCGGCCAUUUCCGGAACCUGCCUGACCAUGCGCAAGUGGCUCUUCACGACCGAAGAGGAGACCUUGCUCAAUGACAACCAACUUGCCGUCUGCUACUUCUUCCACCAAGCCUUGGAGGAUGUAAAGAAAGGUUUCAUCAAAGUAGAGCAGAAGUCUUAUCAGCUGCAGAAGGUUGCGGAGCAGCAAAAUAUGCCCAUGUAUUUGAGUUUGUUGCGGGACUGCGAGGGCUACAAUGAAAUCUUGUUCCCUCAUUGUGCGUGCGACUCCAGACGCAAAGGGCACGUCGUCGCCGCCAUCAGCAUUCAGCACUUCAAGCUGCACGCCUGCACAGAGGACGGGACGAUGGAGAACCAGACGAUUGCCUUCGAGUGGAGCGAAAUGCAGAGGUGGGACACCGACGAAGAAGGCAUGGCCUUUUGCUUCGAGUACGCGCGAGGGGAGAAGAAACCACGUUGGGUCAAGAUAUUCACGCCUUACUUUAACUACAUGCACGAAUGCUUCGAGAGAGUUUUCUGCGAGCUAAAAUGGACAAAGGAGGUGGAGGAGGAGUCGACGGACAACGACAACAAGAACGUCUCCCACGAUGUCCCGUCUGACUUUGCAGAAUAUUUUCCAGCUGCUGAGGCACCGCAGCGAUGGAGACACCCAGCAAGAGAAAUCCUUACCUCUUGACGAGGCGGCAGAAUCCUCGGCUCUGCUCAGCCCCGCCCUCUUCUGAACGCUGACGGAUAUUUCCAUUUCCAUCCAACAGACGAGCCAUUCCCAAACAUCUGCAAAACAUCUCGUGAAUUCUUAAAUCAUGCACUGAGAGCAUUCGAGAUCAAGUCGACUCAAGUCGGGACGAAGUGGGGUAAGUUCACCUUAAUAGACUGAGAUGUGUUUUGCAACUUUUAAAAGGGAAACUGGACUGUAGUUAUGUUUUCAUGGAUUGCAAAAUAUGGCAAUAAGCAGCCUUUGACUUGUACUCAAAGCGAGAGAUUGCCACAACUGUGUGUUCUUUCACACGUAACGACGUCCAUCGAAAUAUUUCAAGGCGGUGUCAUUCAAAAAGUCCAGCUCAGCGGAAUGUUUAUUUAUCAUUUUGUAAUGUGGCAAUUGAACGAAGAGAAGACUCCAGAAAGGUUUUUCUAAAUUGACGUGUACAGCGGUGGCCUAUGUGCUCAUACCUCUGAAUUUCUCUUUUAUCUUACAUUUAGUUGGCUACUAAACCUCAACUUUAAACUUUUUUCGAAAGAAAUUGUUUACUAUGUGCCAAACUGCAGUUGAAGCGAGUCGGAUUGAUUUUGCUGCCACUCCCGAGCGCUUGUGUCACACUUGCAAAAAGGAAAAAAAAUGGAGUCAGGUCACCACUGUCCAAAUAGCAAUUCCAAACAUUGUCCAAAUAGCAAUGUUUCAAAACAUGACAACACCAUAAAUCAUUUCAAAACAGCUUGGACUGACCUAAAAUCUGUAGACACCUUUGAGACCUAAAAAAAAAAAAAAAAUUGUCAAAGCGCCUUUUGAUUAAAUGGCCGCAUUCAGUCAUGGCAGUCUUAUCAGAAAAUGCUCCAAAUAUGUCUGAUUGUGAGGACCCAGCCCAUUGGGGAAAAAAGAAAAAAAUAUAUAUAUCUUUUUUUAAACGGGGCGUUUCACUUUCACAGUCGUGAUGCAAAGCUUUCUUGAAAAUUCUGACUGACUGCCUCCUAAGCCACUUUGUAUGAGUCAUCAUCCAACCGGCAUACAUUUAUAGUGUAUUAUAUAAACAAGCCCGAAGACUUAAGUCUUUAUGGGGAUAUUAGUCUGAGAAAAAGCGACAGUUGUUUACUCUGAACUGUGUGCGUGACCCAGACCGAACAGCAGGGGUCCCCCUCCCCCCCACAGUCAGUGAUUACUUUGCCCGCACGAUUUAUAAUAGGCCUUAAUUCAAACGUACGAGAAUUUAUGGCUGCAGAUGUUUGCUCGCUCGUCGGGUAAAUCCCUCAUUUCAGACGGAAUAUAUUUACAAGAGAAAUUUAUGCGAAAUGUAAAAAGACUUUCAAUAAGGGCUGAACAAACAGUAGCUGCAGUCUAAUGUGAUGAACCGUCUAAUUUGAUAUCCUCUUAUCGUUUCCGGAGUAAUUUAAUAGGAACGGCAUGGAAAUGGAGAUAUGGUGAGUGAGGAUUGUCAUUACAGCUUAUCAAAUAAAAUAUGCAACAUUAAUGUGGGUAUAAAGAGAUAUUUAUUGUUUGUUUUUCCCCAAAUUAUUUAGGAGGGAAAGUUAUUGCGGUAAUCAGAACAAAAACGUGUUGUGAAUGAUGAUGUCAUCAAUAUCUCGACAGCACUCGUGAGAUCUUUCAGGAAAUUUGGGGCCACCAUAGUAUUGAUUACGAAACAAUAUGUUUGUUAUUUUAUAUCUCGAUGGAGGUAUCGGUGCAACCCGGACUUAAAUCGCGGCUUACUUUAAGAAUGUGACGUUUUUCAUGAAAGCCAUGCCUGGAGAGUUAAUUAAUAUUUUAUAAUGCUACCUGUUUGAACAAAUGAUUUCUCUAUGCAUUAUUCCCCGUGGGGGGGAAAAGUGCUUUUAAAAUGACUCGCUAUUGUCUCCGAACAGAUUGUGCUUAAUAUUUAAAGGGGAAGUCAACCCAACAUUUUCUUUACAAUAAUAAGCUUUGAGUUUGCCGGAGCCAUUUUUUGCAGGGGUUCUGUUUAAGUGUCUUAUGUUUUCGAUUUAUCUCCGUUUCUCACGCUCAGUCCAGCUUGAGACUAAUUUGUGGCUUUGAUUAUUUAUUUACGGAUUGUAUCAAUUUGUGCAUCUCUGAUAAUAGCCCCCUCCGUCGAAAAAGCUAACUGACGACCCGCGGAUUGUUGUCUUAUUGUGAUAAACUAAAGUAUUCUUUUAAAUAAAUCAUUUUAUUGACACACUG